AUGGCAAAUGAAGAGCGAUAUCUUCCACCGUGGAUGACAGAAGAACAGGUUAUAAAAAAUACAAAAGAAUUUUUGCAGUUUGAAGGACAAAUUAAACAAUGCAUAUAUCCAAAUAUGUUAGCAUCGUAUGCAGAGGACAUUUUGAACAAAAUUGAGUCUAGUGAGAUACAUGAAGUUGUAUAUGGCUUUGAUAUGGAAUGGCCAGUAACAUUUAACAGAAAAUCAAAAAAAACUGCUCUUAUACAAAUUUGCACUGACCACUCUACAUGUUAUUUAUUCCAUGUGUAUCAUAUCAUAAAUCUUCCAUCAAUAUUUGUGCAGCUCAUUAAUCAUCCAAAGGUUAGAUGGUCUGGUGUAUUUAUUAAAAAUGAUUUUUUGAAGCUUGCAAGAGAUUUUGACAUUAAUGUUACUGGUGCUUUAAAUGGAAUUAUCGAUUUAGGUGAUUACACGAACAAAGUUUUGGAUUUUGACUUGUCUACUAGAUGGAGUAUGGCCAAUUUGGUUCAAAAUUUACUUAAAAAAGAUGUAAAUAAAGAUACAAAUGUUCGUAUGAGCAGUUGGGAUAGCAUACAUUUAGAUCAAAAUCAAUGUAUGUAUGCAGCGACUGAUGCUUUUAUAUCCUUAAUAUUGUAUGAACAUCUAAGAAAAUUUGAUAAAGAAAAUGAACUCCAGAUUAAUUAA